GAUGGCAGGCGGCAACACGCGAAAAAAGUCUCCCGGCGCAACAAGCCCUUUCCUGGGCAAAUUGCACUGUCUGUGGCAGGAUAAACACCUGGUCUUGUUUAAACAGUACACCUUGCUUGUAGUUUCAAUCCUAUGGUUUCUAGAAAUCGGGAUCAACGUAUGGGUUAUACGAAAAGUGCCAUACACUGAAAUUGAUUGGAAAGCCUACAUGGACGAAGUGGAAGGCGUUAUUAAUGGCACCUAUGAUUACACUCAGCUCAAAGGAGACACUGGCCCUCUGGUAUAUCCUGCUGGCUUUGUUUAUAUAUUCUCUGCUUUGUACUACAUCACAAGUCAAGGUGUUAAUAUUCGUCUUGGCCAGUACAUUUUUGCAGCCUUCUACCUCAUCACACUACUGCUUGUCUUCAGACUAUAUCUCCGUACUAAGAAGGUUCCCCCCUAUGUGUUCUUCUUUGUGUGCUGUGCCUCUUACCGUAUUCACUCCAUCUUUGUUCUGCGGCUCUUUAAUGACCCAGUAGCCAUGAUGUUGCUGUUUGCAGCCAUCAAUCUUUUCAUAGAUGAAUACUGGUGGUUAGGCUGUGGCAUUUACAGUUUAGCAGUGUCUGUGAAAAUGAAUGUCCUCCUGUUUGCACCUGGGCUACUUUUUCUUCUUUUGUCAGAAUUUGGUCUGAUAAAAACAAUCCCAAAAUUGUCUCUCUGUGCAGGCAUACAGAUUCUUCUUGGUCUCCCUUUUCUCCUUGAAAAUCCUGUUGGCUAUGUCAGCCGAGCUUUUGAUCUUGGGCGGCAGUUUAUGUUCAAAUGGACAGUGAACUGGCGUUUUCUGCCUGAAUGGCUCUUUCUCAAUCGGCAGUUCCACCUCCUCCUGCUGGCUGCACAUCUCCUCACUCUCCUGCUCUUCACCUUGCGCCGUUGGAAAAGACCAGGAGAAAGUAUCUUCGACCUUAUUAAAGAACCAAGCAAGAGGAAAGUCCCGCUUCAGAAGACCUCGGUUGAUCAGAUUGUUCUCAUUUUGUUUACGUCAAACUUCAUUGGUAUGUGUUUCAGUCGGUCGUUACAUUAUCAGUUUUAUGUGUGGUAUUUUCACACCCUACCUUACCUUCUCUGGAGUGGAGGUGUCAAGAAGCUAGCGCACUUGCUAAGGGUCCUCAUCUUGGGUUUAAUUGAGCUGUCAUGGAACACGUAUCCUUCCACUAGUAGCAGCUCUGCAGCUCUACAUGUCUGUCAUCUCAUCAUCCUCCUCUGCCUGUGGCUGGCUCCCCCUGUUUCUGUAGUCUCAACAGAUACACAAAAGAAGGACAAACAUCAGUGAUCAAUAUUAUGUCGGACAUUGGUUUU